GGCCGGAAGUAGGUUGUGUGUAGCCGUGUGUUGCUAAUGCAGGGCUAGCUGUGAGGCUGCAGAUGAAGAACAGUUCCUGCUGCAAAAGAAGCGACAGCGGGUCUUUAGCACAGUUUGGCCCGCUUUAAUAAUCGUGUCGGUUUAACACGAACUGGGUCAGCUCACACACCCAGACACGGACACCCGGACACGGAGAGCUGGGGCAGGAGCGGCGGUUCGCUCAGGUAUCCGGGUUAGUUAGCUUGUUGCGGGGCAGCGGGAUGGAUCUGUUCGACGAUCUGCCGGAACCGACUCAGACCUCCGACCAUCUCACCCUCUCUAACUUUGAUGCUCCUGGCCUCACUUUCCAUAUCAGUCACGGCUCUUUACCGUUCCUGCUCUCACCUCCACACUCCUACCUUUCUUUCUGUCUUGCUGCCCUCAAACACACCUUCCUCCUCCUCUUCCUCCUCCUCCAUCUUUAUCCAGCAGGAGGAUAUUUUCCACCAGCACCCUUUGCAAACGGACAAGAAGCAAAAACCCGUAUCUGGUGCUCCUAAACAGGUCCUGCUCUAGCAGCGCUCACAACUCCACCCCCAACCACCAGAGAAGAAGAGGAGGAGGAGAAAAGGUUGAAACGGAAACGAGAUGAAGCACACAGGAAGGAGGAGGAGGAGGUCAAGAAAGUUUGCAAAGAAGGUCUUCAGCUGUUCCACCACAAUGCCUCCCAGUGCUCAGAGGAUACGUGGCGGCGAGGCGUGGCGAGCGCGAGGAGAUGCAGGACGCUCACGUGCUGCUGCCGGACAUGAGCGGCUGUCUGUCCACGCUGCCAGGAAACGUGUCCCGAGUUUCGUACUUCGCCGUGUUCGACGGCCAUGGCGGCGCUCGAGCCUCUCGAUUCGCCGCUGAGAACCUCCAUCACACUCUCGCCAAGAAGUUCCCCACAGGAGAUGCUGAAAACGCAGACAAGCUGAUUAAGAGGUGUCUCCUGGACACGUUCAAGCAGACCGACGAAGACUUCCUGAAGAAGGCCUCGAGCCAGAAACCGGCGUGGAAGGACGGCUCCACGGCCACCUGCGUGCUGGUGGUGGACGACAUGGUGUACGUGGCCAACCUGGGAGACAGCAGGGCUGUGAUGUGUCGGAUGGAGGCGGCGGCAGACGGACAGAGGAGGUCGGUGACUCUGGCGCUCAGUAAGGAGCACAACCCAACCAUCUAUGAGGAGAGGAUGAGGAUCCAGAGAGCCGGCGGAACUGUCAGGGACGGCCGCGUGCUCGGUGUCCUGGAGGUGUCUCGCUCCAUCGGGGACGGUCAGUACAAACGCUGUGGCGUCAUUUCGACCCCCGACCUGAGGAGGUGUCAGCUCACGCCCAAUGACAGGUUCAUCAUCCUGGCCUGUGACGGCCUGUUCAAAGUGUUCUCAGCCGACGAAGCCGUGAAGUUCGUCCUCGGCGUCCUCCAGGAGGGGAGCAAAGAGAAGGGGGCGGGGCAGAUGGAGGAGGAGCGGUGGUUCGAGGCCGCCUGUCAGCAGCUGGCAAGCGAGGCGGUCAGACGAGGCUGCGCUGACAACGUCACUGUGAUCCUGGUUUCUAUUGGCUACUGAACACGUCAUCAUCAUCCUCAUCCUCAUCUUUGUUUCUGUGUGGCUGCUGUAUCGUCCGCUUCUUUUACAAUAAAAAAUGUUUUAUUUUCCGUCUCUAUCAGCUGA